GGGAGGCAUUUAAAGGGACAGCUCCUGCAGCAAAGAGCAGGAAACAGUUGACAAACUAGGAGGAUGUGACAGCUCGGUGUUAAUGAUUAGUCUAAACUGAGUGUGGAGGCAUGGAGGGGUCAGGUACGGAGCACAAGUGGCCCCCCGACUGCAGCUUUCUGGGAAAUUCUCUUUUCUGCCAUCAAAACAGAGAGAGGUUAUGGAGAACCUGCAAUUUUGUUAUGUUUGGGUUUUUCAGUCUGGCAGCCUACGUGCAAAUAAAUGACCCUGAUGCAGAAAUGUGGAUUGCCGUCUAUAUGAUCCCAGCGACACUGAUUCUCUUCGUCAGUAUAAAGCCGGACGUCACAGGUCAUGUGAUGUGGAAAUCGCUAGCAGAUCUGCAUGCAGCCGCGUGUGCGUUUGGCGCCAUCUACCUUUCCAGGUGCCUGUAUUUCCACACGACAAAGAGCAUCCUGCAUGAGGAGGAAGGCAGGGAGUUGUCAGGCCUGCUGAUAAUUGCGGGAUGGUUACUUCUCUGCAGGAAAUCACAACAGUCGUCGGUUGGUGGGAUCAGACUCAUGAUUGCAGUUUCGGUAUCAACAGCCCCAUUUUUAAUUUGGAUCUACAUUUAUAUCAACAAGGAAAUGCGGACGUCCUGGCCGCAGCACUGCAAAACCGUCAUCUGAUUGGUGCAAAGGUAACUUAGUGAGACACUAUGGGAUCUAGAUGUGCAGUUGAGAAGAUACAGCAUAGCGCAGAUUAAUAUUACACACAGCACCAAAGGCCGAGACAGAUCCGAACGCCAACCUGUGAGCUGUGGAACCCGGGCAGAGCCAUACAGGCACAUAUACCCUGUACUUUGCUAAUAAUUCCUCAGUGAGGAGAUACAAUAUCUAAUAUGUAUAUAUCCAUAUAUAUUAUAUAUAAUAAUAAAAACACACACCCUAUCUGU